AUGGCGUCGAGAAUAUCUCUGAAAAGCAAGGGCAAGACUCCGACGAAGCCCUCCAAGGGCUCGGUGGCUCAAUCCUUCAAGGAGUGGAGCACGCGGGCCUUGAAGAAGGCCAAGGUCGUCACCCACUACGGCUUCAUUCCCUUGGUCAUCAUCAUCGACAUGAACUCAGAACCCAAGCCGUAACUUUCCCAACUUCUCAUUCCUGUCUGAUCCGAUCCCAGUCGGAUCAACUAAUUUUCGUGCUGGGUUUUCGGUAUUAUCUCUAAUGGGUUUUGUUCUAUAAAAUUUGGGGUUUCUGCUU